CCGUCAUUCCAGCCUGCGGUGUCACUCAACAAAAUUUGUGGACUAAGCAGUUACUCCAAACAUGUCAUUCACAACCGUGUAGGGUAGGUGUAAACACCCUGGCUUUGCACGUUCGAAGUAUACAAUAACGUACGCCUGGAUAAUGAUAACUUUUAAACUGACAACAUAUGAAUGUCACAUACACAUAACGAGCGUGCAAGUAAAGUUAUAUUUAGACUCAAGCUAAUGCUAGCAGUAGCAGGCUAGCAUCUAGCAGACUAUUAUCCAUAACAAUGCAGGUACUGGUAGCUAGCUAAGAAUAUUCCAUAACUUGCACGUUUUCUUUGCAAUAAGGUAGGUAACGAAAGCUUAUUUACAAUGGUUUAUUUAGCUAGCUCUUUUAGCGAGCAUACAUUUACAGUGCAACACCAAAGUCGCUCAAUGGUUUUGUUGUUGAGGAAACAGAAGGCAGUGAAGCAGCAGCAGUUGUUAGCUACCUAGCUACUUAAUUACUCGUUAAGCUUAACAGCUACCACUAGCUAGGUAGCUAACAUAUCUACGAAGAAGACAACUUGAUAUAAAUGUCUUUCAUUUGUCCGUCUGGAUUGUACUUGUAAUUUAUGCCUGGGAAACUAUGUAGUCAUAGUUAUCUACAGUAGGUAACGUUAGCUAACGGCAAAUGUUCAAGUCUGCAAACGUUAACUAGCUAACGUAGCUAACUCACGUCUCACAAUGGCUAACUAGCUGUCCACUUGUGACAUGUUAUAAUUGACUUACAAAGCUCCCUCACAUACCGCUAUCUCAUGCAGUAGCUAAAUCCGUAUUAACAGUGUGAACAUGCGUUCUUGUUGCAUGUGUCAAUACUGACUACACAGGAAAUCGUUGUUGUGCAUGGACCAGGUGAAUAGUUGUGGCACUAAUUUGAAUUUAAUGUGUUUUCCAGCUACUGAAAAGUCAUAUGUCUCAUUUGAAGCAUAGCCUUUGAUAUUUAGCUAGAUAUUGGUGCAGGAAGCUUUCUGAUGUUCAGCCAUGGAUGAAGAAGACAACCAGGAUGAGCUGAUCAACCGGAAUGCCUCACACAGAAAAGAAAAAAGGCCUACAGUAUGGGCAAUCUCAGAUGAAGACAGCGAUGAAGGUGGGGAGGAAUCUGAGGGAGCUUCUGACAGUGGUGAGGAGGAGGAAGACCUCCUCGAUGGAGAGGAGGAGGAGGAAGACGAGGAGGAUGACAGUGAUGAUGGAGAAGAGGACGAUGUGGUAGAGGGUGCGGUGGGGGGAGCGUCUACUGACUUGGCAGGUCUGAGCUCAGACGAGGACAAUGAGAAAUGCCCCAUCUGCCUAAACUCCUUCCACAGCCAGCCCGUGGCCACGCCAGAGAGCUGCGAACACUACUUCUGCCUCGACUGCAUCUUGGAGUGGUCCAAGAAUGCAAACUCCUGUCCUGUGGACAGAAUAGUCUUCAAUAACAUCUACCUGAGAAAAUGUUAUGGUGGGAAAGUGCAGAAAAUGAUCACAGUGCAGAAACCAGUGAAGGAGGGCCAGGAGGAGGUGAUCGACUUGGAGCUGGAACAGACCAGCUGCGAGGUGUGUGGAGGGAGUGACCGUGAAGACCGCCUGCUGCUCUGUGACGGCUGUGAUGCUGGGUACCACAUGGAGUGCCUGACCCCCCCGCUGGAUGCUGUCCCUGUGGAGGAAUGGUUCUGCCCAGAGUGUCAAGCCAACAACCGCCAUUCAAGGGGUUCAGUGGAAGAGCAGAGCAACACGGAGAGUCUGAGCAGCGCCCGUCCCACAACCAGCCGCUCCCGCCUCCCUGCGGCAGGCCCCACCCGGGCCAUUGCCCGCACCCAGCAGAGUGAGAGGGUCCGCGCCAGUGUCAACCACCACCGCAUCACCCAGGCACGCAUUGCACAGAUCUCCCCCAGCUUUCUGAUGCCACAGACCACCUGGCUGGAUGAGACUAUCAAUGCAGUGGUGGCUGGACUCAACACAGCUGUGUACAUACGGAACCUCACACCCCGCGUUCCAUCCAGUCGACGACGCAGGACAGUAAAGCGCAGGAAAGGCCAGAGUAAGAGGUCAUCGUCUGCCACGGGUGGUAAGGGCAAAGCUGCAGGCACUGGGGUGAGGAGGAGGAAACGGCGAGUGAGGAGGACCAAGUCCAGAAGGAAACUGGUGGUGAAAAAGGAAGCUACGUCACGUGGUCGUAUAGCCCGUAACCUAGGGAUAGGGAAGCCCAAACGGGGCUCGUCCCUUCCCUCUGUGUACCAACCUUCAGAAACCACUCUGGGCAGUAUGAGGGCUGACAUAGGAGCUGCUUCGCUCUCUGUCUAUGGAGACCCCUACGAUCUGGACCCCUUCACUAGCAGGGAUGAUGAUGAGGAGGAGCAAGCCUCGGUCACGUCAUCACUGCUGGAGGCCAAGAGGCGUGGCUUAUCUCGCUCCGCACUCCUCUCACACCAGCCUGUGGCUCGACCAAUCACUGCUGGCCUCUCUAGGUGGGGCUCGAGCCUUCCCCAGUUGGAGGAGGUCGCAGAGGUGGCCCCAGUGCCUGACCUGCUGGGCAGCAUCCUAUCAGGGCAGAGCAUGCUUCUGAUGGACAGCUCAGACGUAGUCAUUAACAGAGAUGGAUCCCUCAAGGCUAUCAAACCAGUGGGUUUGUCGUUAUCCAUGCCCAGCAGCAGUAGGAGCAGCAGCUCUGGUGAAUCAGUAGCCCAGCUCCACUCAGAGAUGUCCCCUACCACAGCAGCCAGCUCCCUUUGUCUCCCCAUUAAUGGAGACCUGGUAGCAGGACCCUGCCUGUCCCCUCUCACCCCUUCAUCCCCCCACUCCGCCACUUAUCCAACUCCCAUCCUGAGUCACCCACACGUCCCUGCCCCCUGUAGACCCAGUCCUGGACACAGCCACUGGGAGGACACCGGUGUACUACCCCCCCAUGGGACCCAGAGGGCUGCCACCUCCACUCCUACUCCAGACUCUCACUCCAGAGGUAGGGAGAUGGUGCCACCACAGCCCCAGGCUAAGAAGGCCGCUGCUAAACCAGUAUGGGAAGCACCAGUAUUGGUGCUUCCCAGGAUACCAAGGAUAAAACGGGAGAGCGGUGGCCUGACGAAUGGCAAUGCCAGCAGAGGGGGUAGUAGUGGUAGUAGUAGCAGUGCUAAUGGUAGUGGUAGUAAUAGCUUCCCUGAUGCCUGUGUGAACAGCCUGGGUGGGAACAGGGGCAGGCAGCAAAGUGUGGACCAGCAGCAGGGCAGGACAGAGGGACAGAGACCAGACAGAGCAGGCCCUUCCUCAGCCUUCUCCAGCUCCUUCUCCUCUUCGUUCUCCUCUUCUGAUUCUGCAUCUAACCCUGCCCGCACCUCUUCAUCAGCAUCAUCCACGGUGUGCUUCCGGAUCAACGCCAGCUCUGUCUGGCACGCCAGAAAGCUUAGCAACGCUUCUGCAAUUGUUGCAGCUGGAAACUGUCUAGAACCAGCGUCUCCAGAGGAAGAGAAGGCGAAGAGGAAAAGCGAGGAGCGCAAGAAGAAACAGAAUCUACUGACGUCCUCACACACACCGGUCAAAGAGGAGAAGGAAGAGGGGGAUAUAUACGAUCCCUUCCAUCCAACCGGCUCAGACAGCGAAGCAGAGAGCCAUGCUGGGGGGAAAUCAACCAUGGUGCACAAGGAAGGUCCCAGCCAGCAGGUGAAGGAAGGUCCCAGCCAGCAGGUGAAGGAAGAUCCCAGCCAGCAGGUGAAGGAAGGUCCCAGCCAGCAGGUGAAGGAAGGUCCCAGCCAGCAGGUGAAGGAAGGUGCCAGCCAGCAGGUGAAGGAAGGUGCCAGCCAGCAGGUGAAGGAAGGUGCCAGCCAGCAGGUGAAGGAAGGUGCCAGCCAGCAGGUGAAGGAAGGUGCCAGCCAGCAGGUGAAGGAAGGUGCCAGCCAGCAGGUGAAGGAAGGUGCCAGCCAGCAGGUGAAAGCCCUGUCACUGGAGAGGGAUGAGGGCUCAGGAGAAGGUCUGGAGGUGAAGAGGGAGCCAGAGAACUCUGACACUGCAAAGCCUGGUCACAGCCCUCACAAUGCACCCAGGUCUGUGAUGACUGGCACCAGCACACCUCUGUCCCAGAGCCAGGUCCAUCUGAAGAGGGAGAGGAAUGAGCCAGGGGGUGAGAAAGGGCAGCACAGCCAGACUGGCAACAGUAGAGAGCCCCAGAACCAGCAGACUACUCCUUCCUUAUCCAGCUUAGCCUCCAGCCACCACAGAAACAGGAUGGUGAAGACUGAGAUAAAGUCAGAGCCCCAGGACAGCCCCCCCAGGUCCCCAUCCAGGUCUAAAUCACACUCCAGGCCCCCAGGCCAGGGGAGGAAGACAUCCAAAGGCAGGGGGUCUUCCAUGGAGCGGCGGUCUGCCUCAAACAGCCCAGAGGCAGGCAGGAGGAGGGGAGACAAGGCCCCGGACCAGGCAGGGAGGAAGAGACGUUAUGAAGGGGGUAGGAGAGGAGACAAGGGGCGAGAGAGUUCUAGGCGUUCGGGAUCGAGGGAGAGGAGAAGGACUCGGUCCCCGUCAGACAGCUCUAUCUCUGAUAUCUCUGAGAGGUCUCGCAGGAAGAAGAGACGGUCACGUUCUCCCUCCAAAGACAGGAGGCGCUCCAGGUCAUGGUCAGGCUCCAGCAGUAGAGAGCGGUCCAAGAGGAAAAAGCAGAGGAGAGGGAGCAGGGAGAGGAACGAGGGCAGAGGGAGUGAAAGAGAGAAGGGUCGCCCGUCAAAGGACAAGAAGCGUGAUUGCUCGCAGUCUCGCUCGCGUUCCCGUUCCAGGUCCAGGGAAAGGAGGAAAGACCACUUACGAUCACAACCAUCAUCCUCCAGAUCAAAGGACAGGGUUGAGGUGCGGUCGAAAGACCGGAAGAGGCCGAAGUCCAGGUCGCGAUCCAGAGAGAGGAGGACAGAAGAGGGGUCACAGAGACCACUAGGGUCUUCCUCAACCACCACCUUCAAUAAGCUAGAGGAACAGAAAGAGAAGAAAAAGGUAAAAGUUCUCCCCCGCGUCCCUCUGAAAGAGGAGAGCGAGACUAAAGAAGAGAGGAAAGAGCGAGAGAUCAAACAGCAGAUGCUUUCCUCAGGACUCAAAUCUCUCUCUGUCCUCUCUGCCUCAGAGGUGAAAAAGGAGAGUGACAGCAAUGACAUUAGAACAGAGAGACUUGCCUCUCUCUCAACAAAACUACUCAAUGAGUCUAUGUUGCUAAAAGAGAUUAAAAAAGAGAAACCUGCCUUUGAUAUGUUGGAAGAAUCACUGGAUAGUAAACCAAUCAAAAAAGAAAAACCUCUGUCAACAUUCAGCACAGUCAAGGACUUGCAACAGCACAAGGAGAUCGAAAAAGAACACCCUUCCGCCCUCAUAAAGGAGGCGUGCGCAGUCUCCACAUCAGACAUAGCAGAUCAAAAAGAUCAGGCGUUAAAGGAAACCAUCAAGACUGAGCCCAUCUGGCCUGAGCUGCCUCAACACCUAACCUCCAACAUCCCUGUUCCCCCCACCCAAACUGGCCAAUCCAGCCCAAGCUUCUCAACACUCAGCACACACCUUGUCCUUGCUCCUCCUCAGGCUGCUGAGAGUAUAGCCAGCCAGCAGGGGACCCCAUCCCUGAUUCCUCCAGUACCAGAGGCCCUCACAGAGACUCCUCCACUAGUCCAACCCAUCUCAGUGAACCCAGAGAAGCACGAGGUAGAGGAGCCUUCAGACGAUGACAUGGACGUGGACAUGAUGCUGGACAGCCUGGACUAUGUGAAGACGGAGCCAGGAGGAGAGAGUGGGGAGGCUGGGGUCAAACAGGAGAAGGAAGGAGAGGGAGAGAAGGGGAAGACUGGGGGAGAACUGGUGCCAGUCACGGCAGGUGCCAAGGCCAAACCCUCGGUGAAGAGGGUCACCUGGAACCUGCAGGAGCCAGAGGGGCCACAGCCAGAGAAGACUGGCACUAAGCUGUCCCUCUACAAACUGAAGCUAAAACAGGAGGGAGCUCGCAGACCUGCCUCUUCCACCCAGGCAUCCAGUCAGGAGGCUCCCUUGGGGGCUACGUCACUCACUGACCCCAAGGUCCAGAGCACCAAGAGGGGCAGUGUGUCCAUAAUGCUCCCUAGUGCCAUUUCCAGCUCCAGCAGCCUAACCAACGUAGUGCUGUCUAAACCUGGGCAGGAGGAACCCAACGAAGACCUGGGAGAGGAUGAUGUUUCUAGGAACGAUAAGUACAUAAAGAAGCUCCACAUGCAGGAGAGAGCCAUAGAGGAGGUGAAGCUGGCUAUCAAGCCAUUCUACCAGAAGAGAGACAUCACUAAGGACGAAUACAAGGAUAUCGUACGCAAGGCUGUCCAGAAGGUCUGCCAUAGUAAGAGUGGGGCGAUCAACCCAGUAAAAGUGGCCAACCUGGUCAAAGCCUACGUGGACAAAUACAAACACUCCAGGAAACACAGGAAAGUAGAGGAUGGAGGGAAGACACAGGAGGCAGAAACGGAUAGAACAAAUGACCCAGAGACCCCAUGAGGACCCCACAUUCAUCCACACGCCCUGGAGACUCAGCUAUUUUCACACUAAUUUGAUUAUUUCUGUUAUCAAAUUGUCAUAGGUUGUUAGGGGACUCAAGGACUUUGAGAAAUACUGCCUCCAGAUUGGCUAUUUUAUUCAUUGUUUUUGGGGAUUAUAAAGUUGUUACAUUAUGUUCAUAGUAAUUCACCAUCUCACAAAAUAAUGGAAGAGCCUUUUCAUUGAAAGAUGUGGAAAUAACUUAGUGGACCCAAUGUGGUCUUGCACUUUGAUUACCACCGACUGACAAGCAUUUGUUUUUGAAUUGGAUUUGUUUCAACAUUCACACAAGGCCAGACCAUCUCCAUGCACUUUGUUUUCAUGGUCUAGCAUGGUCUACUCUUGGAGAGGUUCCCACAGAGAUUCUGUCUUAAACAGACAGCUCUGUCAAAUAGCCUUUCCAUCAAGAGAGAUUGAGGAAUAAUGUGAAUGAGCUUUUUUUUUACAGGCAAAAUGUCUGACAAGAAGCAGUGCUGACUUUUUUUAAAAAUGGUGUAUUUUGUAUGGGAGAGGGGUGUUUAUCUGUGGCAUGAGUCCUAAUUCUGUGGUGUCAAAGUUCAAUGCUGUCAUUGACAUAUUAGAAGAAGAAAAUAAUGCCACAGUGCAGAAAAAUACAUGUAUGCAAUUUUGUAGAGUAGGAAAGUUAUUUCUGAUUUUAGAUUUGGUGUAAAUCUAGAUUUUGGAUUCACCAUGUACGCCCUUCCAGUUGCGUUAGCUUCCUACUGGGUAUUCACAAAUGUAUACUGUGGAUGGUUCUGGAGGAAGUUUGUUGUUUUUGUGAAUGUCUCUGUGCUAUGGGAUGUGGGUCCGAUGGAGUGCUGGUUGGCAAACGGUACAGUUAGGCUCUUAAGUUGACCAGUUUCUCACAGCAGGAAAAUAGUCUUGUAGCAACAGGAAAUUUGAAUUAUAACUAAAUACCAUUUUUGUAGGGGUUGAUACGUUUUUAGUUUAGGCAAAUCAAGCCUGAAAUUUUAAAGUGGAAAUAUCAAACUUUAGAAGCCUUUUUAAACCACGAAUACUCUGCAUGUUUGCAUUUCCUGCUGUGCCUUGAAAUGUCCUGCAACAACAGGGUGAUCAAGUUAAGAUCCUACAUCUGUAUGUGGCUACACAUAGUGGCUGUCUUGAGUGGUGUUCAGAUUGAGUCAACGCUCCUCUGGUGUCUCUUGGCAGAAUACCCGAGAUAACACAACUCAGACUUCCCAUAAAACAUGGUUGUUGAUAAAGUUUCUGUUAUGUGUGCAUUUUCUCAAAUUCAGACUAGGCCCAAAGUGUCUACUGGUUUUAAUUCUAAUUUUACUUCAGCUAUUGACUAAGACAUAGGAAACUAGGUGAGACUUUAAUUAAUCAAUUGACAAGUAAUUUGCCAAGGAGGAAUGAAAACCUGCAGCCCUAGGGGACAGGAGUUUAAUAAGUUUUGAAGCUGAGUGAAUUCUGCACCUUCACCAUUCUUUUCUGUUAUUUUACAGUUAUUUCAGAGUCAAGUGGCUAGUCCUGUUGUGUAUUGGUAUGAUAAGCUAUAGCAUAAGACAAAGCAGACAAUGCCCGUCUUGCAGCUUAAUGUUUGCAGUUAUUCACACUUGAUUAUGAACUCAACUAGUUGCUCACAUUUCCUUUGAAAGAUUGUCUGAUUCAAAAAGAAAAGGUUCCAAUUUGAAUAACAUUUGCAAAAACAAACUGAUUUUGUUUCGUUACUUACAAAUAUCACUAUACUAGUCGUGGGGAGUGUGUGCAUGGUUAAAUAGCUAACAGUCCGUAGUCAGGGCCAGGAUGUUUUUGAUGACUACAUGACCUGAUUAUAAAAAAACAAAAACAAAGGCCCAACGUUUUUCCUAGUCAGGUGGCGUGGGUGGGAGAAACUGGCCCUAGUCAUACUGUAUGCAAUUCAUGUCAUCCUUAACACUGUUUCUCAUUGGAGGAGGUGUUUGGCUUCCUUCCUGCUAAUGAAUACUGCUGUCCACUGUGCCUCAAAACAGUUGGCCUUCUCAAUUUAUUUUCAGAUUCCUCUUAAUCUCUUCUAAAAUGUUCUAUGUAGAAAAAUGCUUGACACUGUCACCCUAUCUUUUCCUUUUUUGUAAUUGACGUGUCCAUACUGUGUGUGUUCAGUAGACCGGGUGUGUGUGGACCUGCCUUUGGCUAAGCUUGUCUUGUCCUGCACCUUGGACUUUACGAUAAAAAUGUCAAAUCAAUCCUGGAAUAUUAUCCUCUUGGCACUUAGGAUUGGAUAGGUAUAUCAGAGGGCAACAUGGAGCUAUUAUUGAAUUGUGUAUGCUGUACCUAUCUGAUCCUUUCAGAUGUACUUGAAGUGUUCAGGGGUUGAUUGGAUUUGAGCAUGUACUGUACCUUUUUUCUUCCCUCAUUUACUUGACACUUAGGACAAGUGCUUCAAAAGGGGAACACAAAAUUACAACUAAGUGAAAUAAAAGUAAGAUUUGUCACAAUUUACAUUUUGCUCUGAUCAUGUUUUACUAACAUGCUAAAUUUAAGGGAUAACUUUUGUGACCGUAUGGGCAACAUUUUGGAAAGGAACCCACAGUUAUAAUACCAUAAUAUUUUACGUGAGGGUAUUACACAUUUUUACAAUUUCCUCUCAAACUGUGAUGAAAUGAUGAGAGAGGGGUAUUUCACCAGGAUUGGGGUUAUAUUCAUUCCAGUUCAAUUCCUGUCAACUUUUAAAGCAGCCAUGACAUUUCUCCAUAGGAAUGCAUUUCAAUGCCUGAAUUGGCUGGAAUGGUGGAAACCCCAAUCCUGCCUGAUUUCCACUAUUCUGCUGUAGGUUUCUCUGAGCAAUGGUUUGUUGCUCUAUACUGAGCCAGUGGAGAGGUUUUUUCUUUCCGGCCCUGGCAGGUCUGUAUUAUCCUUACUGCUGCCUUGACUAUAGCUCACUGGGCCUGGGCCAGACUACUCGAGGUCUCACUGGGCCUGGGCCAGACUACUCGAGGUCUCACUGGGCCUGGGCCAGACUACUCGAGGUCUCACUGGGCCUGGGCCAGACUACUCGAGGUCUCACUGGGCCUGGGCCAGACUACUCAAGGUCUCACUGGGCCUGGGACAGACUACUCACGGUCUCACUGGGCCUGGGCCAGACUACUGGAUGUGUCACUGGGCCUGGGCCAGACUACUGGACCUCUCACUGGGCCUGGGCCAGACUACUGGACGUCUCACUGGGCCAGACGACUGGAGGUCCCAUUGGGCCUGGGCCAGACUACUGGAGGCCCACUCAAAUGUUUGUACAUAUUUUUCUGGGACAUUGUAAUUAAUAAUAAAAAAUACAAUUAUC